UGGAAUCUUCAACACACUGAUCAACGGGUCGUUAUCGCUCUACGAAACCACAAUCAAACAAAAUAGAAAAUUUCAAUACCACUAAAAAUGGGAAUAAUUAAUACCUGUCAUCUACAUCCCGAUGUAAAUGGCCAUAUCUUUAAACUACUGAAUAAUAUAUGGGAGCUCUACGAUCAGCAAGACCUCAUAGAUGUAACGUUUAAAUUGUCUAACCCCACUGCUAUGGUUCCAGCACAUCGCUUAAUAUUAUCAGCGGCAAGUCCAUAUUUUAAAGAUUUAUUCAAAAGCGACAAGGGCUUAACUCCUGUUAUUGAAUUAAAUAACGUAGCCAGUGACACCUUUGAGCGUUUAUUAACAUUUUGCUACACCGGCAAGACGCUCAUAACCAUCGACAAUGUGGAUGCAACGCUGAAGGCAGCUAUUGUUUUGAAGUNGACUAUACACUGCAGCGGGCAUAUAGCUUAG